UAACCCUCCCCCCUUGUAUCUCUCCUGUCUCUCCAGACCUGAGGCGGAUGACUGCAGGCUUCAUGGGCAUGGCUGUAGCCAUCAUUCUGUUUGGCUGGACGAUAGGUGUUCUGGGAUGCUGCUGGGAUAGAGGACUGAUGCAGUACGUGGCAGGAUUACUGUUCCUCAUGGGAGGCACCUUCUGUAUAAUCUCUCUCUGUACCUGCGUGGCGGGGAUCAACUUCGAGCUGUCCCGUUAUCCUCGCUAUCUGUACGGCCUGCCGGACGACAUCGGCCACGGCUACGGCUGGUCUAUGUUCUGCGCCUGGGGAGGUCUGGGGCUCACCCUCAUCGCUGGUUUCUUCUGUACCCUGGCUCCCUCCGUCCAGCCCAUCCCUCGAUCCACCUGCCCCAAGUCGAGGCAGGAGAACGGGACGGUCUGCUAGAGGGACUGGGAUGGAGGAUAGAGGGACUGGAGGUCCAGUCCUAGAUAGAUAGCUGACUGCACCUUUAACCACACAGGACAGCCAUAACAAAAGAGAAUUUAACAAACAAAAAUGUAACAAUGAGAUGACAAAUCCAUGCAUUCAUUUAAUUAAUAAUUUUCCACUUAAAGACAAUGUUUAGUUUUCUUUGUUUAAAGUGUGUGUGUGUGUGUGUGUGU